GAGCCUGAAGCCUGAAGCCUCUUCUGUGUCCGAGUGUGCGCGCGUGUGUGCGUGUUAACGCGUCGCAGGUCGUUACGCGGAAAACCGCAAAAUUAAAACAACUGCUCCCCCCCCCCCCACCCCCCUGCACCCUCCUAUCCCUCCCCAGUUGAGGAAGUGAGAUGAUAACAUAAGCGUUCCGCCGGGGCAACAUUUCCUUGUGCGUCUGCGGACAGGACGGCCAUGCCUCCGCAGAGAGUGUUCGCCCUGCCCAGGCAGAAAUCUCUGCUGCUGCCCGCGGUCAUCAACCCCUUCGUCCAGGACACGACCCUGACCAAAGCCGCGCUUGUCAAAUGUGUCCUGUUGGGGAUUUUCCUGGUCCCUCUGCGAGCCAUCCUCAUUGCCCUGGUCCUGAUGGUGACAUGGCCAGUAGCUGCCAUCAUAACUUUCAGGCAUCCUCUGAAGGGAGCCGUGGCACCAAUGACUGGCUGGAGACGAUCCAUGUGUCAAAGGGUGAUGGCUGCCUUGGGCAGAGCGUACUACUUUAGCAUGGGUUUCAGAGUGGUAGUGAAGGGGACGCAGGUCGGCAGCAGCGAGGCCCCAAUCCUGGCCGUGGCCCCUCACUCCACCUUUUUUGAUGGAAUUGUGUGCAUCGUGGCCGGCUUGCCAUCCACCGUCUCACGUGUGGAGAACCUGGCUACACCCAUCUUUGGCAGUAAGACGCUCAUCAUUGGUGUGGUUGUUUUUAAAACAGGAAAGCUGGGGCGGUUUGUGCGGUGUCUCCAGCCAGUGUUGGUAUCCAGAAAUGACCCGGACUCCAGGAGGAACACGAUUCAGGAAAUUGACAAGAGAGCAAAAUCAGGAGGCUACUGGCCACAGGUUCUGAUAUUUCCAGAGGGAACUUGUACCAAUCGCUCGUGUCUUAUUACGUUUAAACAAGGUGCCUUUAUCCCAGGGGUCCCCGUGCAGCCUGUGAUCAUUAGAUAUCCAAACAAACUGGAUACAGUGACCUGGACUUGGCAAGGCUUCAGCUCGAAGACGCUGCUGCUGCUGACACUGUGCCAGCUCUACACCACUGUUGAGAUUGAGUUCCUGCCACCUCACGUCCCCACAGAAGAGGAGAAGAAAAGCCCCGCUCUGUUUGCCAGCAGAGUGAGAGAAAUUAUGGCCCAAGCUUUGGGAGUUCCAGUGACAGAUCAUACAUAUGAAGACUGUCGCCUGAUGAUCUCAGCUGGAGAAUUGACACUUCCAAUGGAAGCUGGUCUGGUUGAGUUCACCAAAAUUAGUCGCAAACUCAAUCUGAAGUGGGACAAUGUGAAGAAGGAGCUGGAGGGUUUUGCUGCCAUGGCCAGCGCCUGUAAUGGAGGACGCAUAACUAUUGACGAGUUUGCAACAUUCCUGAAGCUGCCUGUCAACCCAGCUCUCGAGGAGCUGUUUUCCCUGUUCGACAGAGAUGGAGAUGGCACUAUUGAUUUCAGGGAGUAUGUGAUCGGCGUGACCAUCUUGUGUCGACCAGCUAACACGGAAGACGUGCUGCGAAUGGCUUUUCGGCUGUUCGACACAGAUGAAGAUGAAAAAAUCACCCACAAGGAGUUCACUGCUCUGCUGUGCUCUGCUUUGGGCGUGUCAGAUUUAAACAUGGCCAAACUCUUCAAGGAGAUUGAUGCUGAUGGUUCUGGUUUUAUCACCUUCAAUGAAUUCCAGGCUUUUGCCACAACCCACCCUGAGUAUGCCAAGCUCUUUACCACCUACCUGGAGCUUCAGCGAUACCAAGCCAUUCAAGAGGCAGGACCAGGGGAUCUAGAAUUGGCUGGUUGUGUCAGUUCUGGAGGGAAUAGUGAAGAUAGCACAUCAGACAAAAAAGAUGACUGAAAAUUUGCUUGGCUUCACUGAAAGAAAAAAUAUGAAGGUUCCAUUUCGGCGUGGUUUAACUUGCAAAUUCAUACUCAUAUCAAGUAUUUUUGGUGCCUUAUUGGUAUUUUAAAUGUGCAGUCCCCAAACAUGUUAUCUAUAACUGGUAUAGAAAUAUCGAAAACUGUGUUUUACUAUUUCCUUUUUAACAUUUUUUUAUUUCCUUCUGUUAAAACAAAAUUUUUAUGACCCUAUCCGUUUUCUACUCCAAUGAACACAUCCUAAGGUACUUUUUCCAUCAUGGUUGUGGAUUGUCUUCAAAUAAGAGGAAAAGUAGCUAAAUCAACACAUUUUGAAUAUAGGUGAGGAGUUCAUGUGCUUUAGUGUGGCAGUAUAAUUAGUGUUCAGUUAGCUUUAGUGAGAGCUUUCCUGUCUGUUAGAGCCAUGUUUACAAAGAGCAUAUGCUGUGCAUUACACUUUUUUCCAGCGCUCAGGGACACAAACCAUGUAAGACGCCUUUAUAAUUAGCCAGAGGUUUGCUUUGCAUGUCUAUCUAUUUGCAUUUCUACUGAAGACUGUUGUUGCUGAGACAGCAGCGUGUCUGUGCAGUUUUAGGUUUACUUAAGCAAAUCAACCACUGAAAAUAGGGCAAUUUGUGAGCAAAAAGGCAACAGUGCGUCCUCACAGCAGCAUAUUCCAGCAGGGUAUGCUUUGAGAUUAACAAGAGGCAUUGUUAUUUUAUUUAGCAUGGUGUAUUGCAAUUAUGUGGCUUUACUUGUUCUUGUUAACAUUGCAAAAUUUGCUUUUUAAAAUAAAACAACACAACACAACACUUUUUCCUUGUUUGUGUUUGCAUGACUUUUUUAAAGAUAUUCAUCACUCAGGAAACUUGUAAUAACUUUCUCAGACUUUGUUUCUUAAUGAGACCCAAUCGCAAGGGGCAGGCUACAGUUUCGCUGCAGCAGCUCUUAAACCACCACAAGGUGCCAGUAGUUACCUGUUUCAAUUCUAGUGUGUGUGUUAAAGGGAGUGUGUAUGUGUGUUCUUUCUCCAAUUGCUUGUGCAGUUUGAAAGGGUUUUUUUGUAAGUUCAAGCAUUUACUUUUAAGAUGAUGAGCUUCCAGUGCAUUGCGUGUAAUAUUUGAGGUGUUUUUAACAGUGAGGCCUGUUCCGUUCCUCCACUGUUGGAGUUCUCUGUGUGAAUGGAGACUAAUUUUAUUUAAUUGUGUUUUACACUCUCCCACACUGUUCAAAGUGAAUAAUGGAGCUACAUUAAUCGUUGCAUGCAAUCAUGAAAUCGUCAAAUAUUAAUACAGAUGGGUCGUAAGAGGAUUUAAGGGAUUUCUGUAAUUGUCUUUUGUUUUCACACCAGCAAAAGAUAACAGACAACUCAAUAUAAUACAUAAACAUGUCAAGAUUUGAUCUCACGUAUAGGUUUAGAAAAAACAUUAUACUAUCAUGAUUUAUGUGGUAAUAGAUUGUGCACUAUUCUAUUUCUUCAUCUGGCUUCUCUGUGAACCGAUGUGUUAUCAUUGUGAAAUGUGUCCAAGACGUUUACUGGAUUUAUUGCCUUAAGGGACAAGAAUUAGAAAAAGUCUUCUCAUCAAUCAAAACACUGCCUUUAUUUUUUUCCAAGAUUUUGAGCUCGUAUUAUCAGAAUAUUAAUUUGUCCUCAACUGCUUUGAGAAGUGUGAAUAAUGCUCAUAAAGGUUGUUGGCAAAAAAAAUACUUGCCACGUCUCACACAUGCACAGAAAUGCAUCUGGCUGCACCAUCUUGCUAUGUAUGCGCACACACAGGAGUCUGAAAUGAAGGAUGGAAAAAGGAUCUCCUCAUUAAAAGCCUGCUGUUAGACAAACUGUGAUUACCAGCUGUGAUUUCCACGUUCAAUUUGUUUUAACCUUUUCAAACGUAC